AUUCCGGUAACCAAAAGGCGGGAACCUAGAACAUCCUCUUUUCGCUAUUUUCUUUGUCCUAGGGCACUACUGUUACCUCCUCAGUGCUAGGCACAAGCCGUUCGUUGACCGGACGUCUCAACUAGACACGUCUGCACCCAGCUCUGAGGUUUCGCACAGCUCUUUUACCAUUGCUAUUGAUAUUGAUUAGCUUUUCAUAAUACGGGCCGAGCAGCAUCGCAUCGGUGCUCAAAUCGCACAGUAGCACCUUCACAUUGUCAAUGGCCUUCUACUGGAAGUCGCCAUGAACUUACCACAGACUGCUACGUGCAAUUUCACAGAUGGCAGUGCACCAAUAUAAAAAGGAAGUAGUUGUUCAGGCAACUUUUGUGGUCAAAAGUGGUCUCGGCGCUGGCCUAGUGGAAACGGACGUACGCUAAGGGCUUGUUAACGGCUUGUUAGGAAUUAGCAAGACAAGUUACCGGGCCGCCAAGUGGAAACACCCUGUAACUGAUAUGACUACCGGUAGUUGCAGUGUUUUUACUAUCGAUAUGCGUGAUUAAUAUAACGUCUCAAGCUUUGCCAGACCAACAAUGUUCCACGCACCUCAAUGGUUUUCCUUGCCGCACCGGCGCAGCGACACGCAGGGGCAGGCGAAUAAGCAUGGAAGACAGGGUUGGAGCUUGGGAUGUGAAGUGUGACUCUAGACAUGGCGAGCUGCGAACUUUUAAUUCAUCGGAUUUCAGCAUAUGGGCUGUGUUCGACGGCCACGGCUCCUCCGCCGUCAGCUCCUACCUGCACGCCGCACUGCACCGCCACCUGCGCAGCCGCCUGUGCGACCUGCCGCUGCUGCCGCCUCCUAGAGCCCGCGACCAAGAACAGGACCAGGACGACCUCCCACCUCCCUUUCCAGAACAGCAGCAGCACCCGCAGCAGCGGCAGCAGCAGGAGGCAGGGUUAGAGGAGGUAGCGGCGGCUGAGAGGGACGUGAGCGAGGGAAAGGAGGAGGAGGCGGGUCAUGAGGCUGCUGGCUACCACGGCCAUCCCGACCGCCACCACCACCACCAACAACAACAAGAAGUGCGGUCUGCGCUUUUGGCGGCUUUGGCAGCGGCUGAUGCGGAUCUCCAGCGCUCCACCGCAGCAAGCCCUUCGACGCAACCCCCUCAAAGGAAACUGGGAAGACGGGGUGCACUCCGGUAGCUCCAAUCCCGGCCGCCGCAGAUGUGAAGGCGGAGCCCGCAGACGCCGGCAUCAACAGGGACGGUGUGGGAAACGGGAAGUGCUGGUCCCGCCAGCUGCGGUGCCGAGGACGGUGUGGGGCUGCUGCGGGCGCUGGCUGAAGCAGCCGCGGCGGCAGCCUGGGAUGCGGGCUCCACCGCAGUUGUAGCUGUGGUGGACUGGACGUCAGAGGCGGCAGGGGC